CGCGUUGCGUCAGCCCUCCAGCCUGCACCUCCCCUCCCUCCACACACCACCAACCUCCUCCUCCCCUCUCCUCCCACUAAAGCCUUUGCUAACACUGCCGCACGCACACGCGCACGCUCACACACACACAUAUACGGCGACGGUGCCGCCUAGCUCCUGCUCACACGCCGGAGACGGGAGAGAGAGAAGAGGCGAGGAAAGGGGAGCUUUGUCAUUUCCCCCGGACGAGGGACAAUUUCGAGGGGCUUUCAAGUGCAAGGAGGCUGACUGGCGAUGUUGUCCGCUCACACCUUCGUGCGGAGGGUGUCAGCCGGCAGAGUUUAUUAUGCCAACAAGCUGAAGGUGGCUGUGAUUGGACAGAGCCUGUUCGGACAGGAGGUGUACAAGUCCUUGCGGAAGGAGGGCCAUGCUAUCGUGGGGGUAUUCACCAUCCCUGAUAUCAAUGGAAAACCCGACCCCUUGGCUUUGGUGGCCGACAAGGAGGGGACGCCCGUGUUCAAGUUCCCUCGUUGGAGGACGAAGGGAAAGCCCAUUCCGGAGGUGCUGGAGGCGUACAAGUCCCUCGGAGCCCAGCUCAACGUGCUGCCCUUCUGCUCGCAGUUCAUCCCCAUGGACGUCAUAGAUCACCCAAGCCACGGCUCCAUCAUUUACCACCCGUCCCUGCUGCCUCGCCACCGCGGUGCCUCCGCCAUCAAUUGGACUCUGAUCCACGGGGACCAGCGUGGAGGCCUCAGCGUGUUCUGGGCCGACGCCGGCCUCGACACGGGGCCCUUGUUGCUACAGCGUGAGUGCCGCGUCGAGCCCAACGACACGGUGGACUCGCUCUACAACCGCUUCCUCUACCCCGAGGGCAUCAAGGCCAUGACGGAAGCCGUUCAGCUGAUUGCCGACGGAAAAGCCCCCAGGAUACCGCAAACAGAAGAAGGAGCUUCGUAUGAAGGCAUACAACAUAAAGAAGCUGCACAGAUCAACUUCGACCAGCCGGCCGAGGCAAUACACAACUGGAUACGUGGGCACGACAAAGUCCCCGGGGCCUGGACCCUCAUCGAUGGACAAAGGUUAACGCUGUUUGGGUCAUCGCUGGCGAAUGUCGGCACGGUGGUGGGGCAGCCUCUGGAGAUUCCCGGUGCCACCCAGCCAGGCACCAUAACCAAGAGCGGCCUCCUCCUGCACGGAAAUGAUGGCAAGACGCUUCUGGUAAGGAACCUACAGUUUGAAGACGGGAAAAUGAUUCCGGCCUCCAAAUAUUUCUCGUCGGGAGAUGAGGGAAGCGUGGAGCUCACGGACGACGAAAAGGCCUUUGCGGAGGAGGUUCGGGCGAUAUGGAUGAGCAUUCUCAGUAACGUGCCUGUCGUGGAAGACUCGACUGACUUUUUCAAGUCCGGAGCUGCGUCCAUGGAUGUAGUGAGGCUGAUUGAGGAGCUGAAGCAGAGGAGGGGGGACCUGCAACUGCAGACGGAGGACGUGUACAUGGCCACUUCCUUCCGCGACUUCACCCACAUGGUCGUGCGGCGGCUGCGUGGGGAGGACCGUGCCGAGGAGCUGGCCGUCGACCACGUCGUAAAAGAGGUGAACAACUUGACCGUGAGGAUACCGCAUCAGUGUUUCAUCGAUGGGAAGUUCGUUGACGCGGAUACCAGCAAGACCUACGACACGGUCAACCCCACAGAUGGAUCGGUGAUCUGCAAGGUGGCGUUCGCUUCCGUUGCCGACGUCGAUGAGGCCGUUGCAGCCGCCAAGAGAGCGUUCGAGAGCGGAGAGUGGGGGCGCAUGAACCCCCGUGACAGAGGGCGCCUCCUGUACAAGCUCGCCGACCUCAUGGAGGAGCACCAGGAGGAGCUGGCCACCAUCGAGACGCUCGACUCGGGGGCCGUGUACACGCUGGCACUCAAGACGCACGUGGGCAUGUCCAUACAGACCUUCCGAUACUUCGCCGGCUGGUGCGACAAGAUACACGGCACUACCAUUCCGAUCAACCAAGCACGGCCUAAUCGAAACCUCACCUUCACAAAGAGAGAACCAAUAGGCGUCUGUGGCAUCGUCAUUCCUUGGAACUACCCCCUCAUGAUGCUGGCGUGGAAGAGUGCGGCGUGCCUGGCGGCUGGGAACACCCUGGUGCUCAAGCCUGCUCAGGUGACCCCGCUGACUGCGCUCAAGUUCGCCGAGCUCGCGGCUAAAGCUGGAUUUCCAAAGGGCGUCAUUAACAUCAUCCCUGGCUCAGGCUCCAUAGUCGGUCAGAGGAUGUCCGAGCACCCACACAUCCGUAAGCUCGGAUUCACCGGCUCUACGCCCAUCGGAAAGCAGAUCAUGAAGAGCUGUGCCACGAGCAACCUCAAGAAGGUGUCUCUAGAACUCGGUGGAAAAUCACCGCUCAUCAUUUUCAACGACUGCGACAUCGACAAGGCGGUGAGGAUGGGCAUGAGCGCAGUGUUCUUUAACAAAGGCGAGAACUGCAUUGCGGCGGGGAGGCUGUUUGUGGAGGAAUCCAUCCAUGACGAAUACGUGCGGAGAGUGGUGGAGGAGAUUAAGAAGAUGAAGGUUGGCGACCCGCUGGAUCGGUCCACGGACCACGGCCCUCAGAACCACCGUGCGCACAUGGAGAAGCUGGUGGAGUACUGCGAGGUGGGGGUCAAGGAGGGGGCCACGUUGGUGCACGGGGGGCGGCAGGUUCCUCGACCAGGGUUUUUCAUGGAGCCGUCUGUCUUCACGGGUGUGGAGGACCACAUGUACAUCGCUCAGGAGGAGUCCUUCGGGCCCAUCAUGGUCAUCUCCAAGUUCCCUGAUGGGGAUAUUGACGGGGUCCUCGCGCGCGCCAACAACACGGAGUUCGGCCUGGCGUCCGGCGUGUUCACGCGCGACAUCUCCAAGGCGCUGUACGUGAGCGAUCAGCUCGAGGCCGGCACCGUCUUCAUUAACACCUACAACAAGACCGACGUGGCCGCCCCCUUUGGGGGCUUCAAGCAGUCCGGCUUUGGGAAGGACCUUGGUGAGGAAGCGCUUAACGAGUACCUUCGAACAAAGGCGGUAACUGUGGAGUACUAAGCUUACCAAAACGCGACAAGGGACGCCACAUUUAAAGGGAACGGAACAGUGAACUCUAUGCACAAAACAAAUAAAUCACGUCUGAAAUUGGCAUGGAGGUGGUGUUUGGGGCUGGGUGAAGAGCCUACAAGCACCUGGCGAGGCAUGCCGGACCCUGUCCAACACGACAAUCGGAGUCAUCACCUUUUGUCGAGGGACUGCGUCAAAGUACCAUCUCGCGCUGUCAAGUCAUGCCCGUGCCGCCCGUGUCUGUUUGCCAAGCUACCCGCCAGCUCUCCUUCCUUGUGGGUGGAACAAACCAACGUGUACAUUUUAUAUUUUUUUGAAAUUCCAUCAGCUGUUGUAUUGUCCCAGCUUGCUCUCUUUGGCCAGUCUCGUCUGUAAAGUUUGUGAUGUUUUUUUUUUUACGUGUGCCAUGCUCAGUCGCUGGUUGUUUGUUGGGUUUUCGAUUCUGGGUUUUUGUUCUUGAAGAAGAUAAAAAGUCAGUGCCAGGAAUUAAAUUUGUCUAUAAAAUAAAACAAUUGCUAACCUAGCACUUCUCACAGCCUGGGUUCGAAUGAAAAGGUUUUGCCCACCAUCGCAGCUUAAGCAACAAAUCAAUCAAAUGCUUCCACCUGCGAACCUUCUCAAUAUGAACUCUCAUCUCCGACAUUUAGAGCAGCCUAGACCCAGUUUGUCUAUCGCAGAGAGGGGGAUUUUUGGUAAUGCAGUGAUACUGUGGAUUGAAUGCCUGCAGUAUGACUGCAAUAUAGCUUAAUUGGGACAGAAAUAAAAAAAUAGACGUAUAAAAUAUAUCAAUGCACAGUCAUUAAUAUGCAUUUACAAACCAUGUCUAGGACUUUUGGCUAUGUACGGUGCUAAAUAAGUUCAACAUACAUGCAUAGGCUGCUCUCAUCGUUGGAGGUGAGAGUGAAUAUUGAGUGGGUAGCAGAUGGAAGGAUUUAUUGAUUUGUUGAUGAAGCUAAACUUGUCAAAUUGGUAUCUAUGCAUUGUUCGAUUAAAAUAUUGUACCUCGCUACACUCGUGGUACAUUAAUCAAAAUUGGCUGUGGGAAUUGAGAUUUGACAAUGUAUGCAAAUUACAUGUACAUAUUCAAAUUAUUAAUUUAAGCAAACUGGGUGGAAUAAAUCUGUAUGGAUGACAAAGAAUACACAGUCAUACAAAGAAGAUGGUAUACAUGAAAGAC